CGGCGCUCGUCUAAAUCCACCAAUCGUAUCGAUGCGCUUCAGAGAAGGCGGGACUUCCGGGUACUCGUAUAAACCGACUGAGGCCUGCCCAUGCGGUUUUGAUCUGUAGUAGAGAAGCUAACAACGACAAGACCGACACAAUGGCAGAGACUGAUGUUGACAACGAGCUGCUCGACUACGAAGAGGAUGAGGAGCCUCAGGGAGCCCCAGAGAGCGCCGUCCCCGCAGGGAAGAAGGAGGUGAAGGGAUCCUACGUCUCCAUCCACAGCUCCGGGUUCAGGGACUUUCUGCUCAAACCAGAGCUGCUGCGUGCCAUCAUCGACUGCGGUUUUGAGCAUCCGUCUGAAGUCCAGCACGAGUGCAUCCCACAAGCGAUCCUGGGCAUGGACAUCCUGUGCCAAGCGAAGUCCGGUAUGGGAAAGACGGCCGUGUUCGUGCUGGCCACGCUGCAGCAGAUCGAACCUGUUGACGGACAGGUCUCUGUGUUAGUCAUGUGUCACACGCGAGAGCUGGCCUUCCAGAUCAGCAAAGAGUACGAGCGCUUCUCAAAGUACAUGUCCACGGUAAAGUGCGCCGUGUUCUUCGGAGGCAUGGCCAUCAAGAAGGACGAGGACGUGCUGAAGAAGAACUGCCCUCACAUCGUGGUGGGAACGCCGGGCCGAAUCCUCGCUCUCAUCCGGAACAAAACCCUCGCGCUGAAGAACGUCAAGCACUUCGUUCUGGACGAGUGCGACAAAAUGUUGGAGCAGCUCGACAUGAGGCGUGACGUCCAGGACAUCUUUAAGAUCACACCCCACGAGAAGCAGGUCAUGAUGUUCAGCGCUACUCUGAGCAAAGAGAUCCGACCCGUCUGCCGCAAGUUCAUGCAGGACCCCAUGGAGGUGUUCGUUGACGACGAGACUAAGCUCACGCUCCACGGCCUGGCGCAGUACUACUGCAAGCUGAAGGACAGCGAGAAGAACCGCAAACUGUUCGACCUGCUCGACGUGCUGGAGUUCAACCAGGUGGUGAUCUUCGUCAAGUCAGUGCAGCGCUGCGUGGCUCUGGCUCAGCUGCUGGUGGAGCAAAACUUCCCGGCCAUCGCCAUCCACAGAGGGAUGGCUCAGGAGGAGAGGCUGUCUCGCUACCAGCAGUUUAAGGACUUCCAGAGGCGGAUCCUGGUCGCCACCAACCUGUUCGGCAGAGGGAUGGACAUCGAGCGGGUCAACAUCGUCUUCAACUACGACAUGCCGGAAGAUUCUGACACCUAUUUGCACAGGGUUGCUCGUGCCGGUCGCUUUGGAACCAAAGGUCUGGCCAUCACCUUCGUUUCUGACGAGACCGACGCCAAGACUCUGAACGACGUGCAGGACCGCUUUGAGGUCAAUGUGGCCGAGCUGCCGGACGAGAUCGACAUCUCCUCUUACAUCGAGCAGUCCAGAUGAGUCCUCCAGCCCAGCAGAAAUCUCUUCUUCAUGGAUCUCGUGUCUUGUAUUUGGAAGUAGACGUAUCUCACUGUUGAGUCAAAAAGGCUCUGCUCUGUUCACCAACGUUUAUUUUUAUUGUCAUUUUUCUUUUUUGGGGGCGACAGGGGGGGUUGAUUUUUAAUUUGUCUUUAACUGUUGAAAUUAAAACUUUUUAUAAAAUGCCA